AAAGGAACGCUCUAACAGACACGCGAUCAGAUUCACGUGGAGGGAAGACAUGAAGAACGUAGCAAGGAAGUCGAUCGACUAUUACAUACUGCCGAACAAGAUCUUGUGCAGUGUGUUCGGAAUUUCAAUUGCGGAUACGGAAUACACAACUAUUAGAAAAAUAUUAGCAUAUUCUCGUCUCAUAGUGGCGUUUGCAGCAGUCGGCAGUAUUUUUGUGCCUCAAAUCAUGCUUGUUACGGCGAAUUGGGGUGAUCUGAAAAUUCUAACAGGGGUAGGAUGCGUGAUAACAACAAUUGCACAGUACAUAUUCAAGCUGAUUUACGUAGUUGCCAGAAGAGAAAGAGUGGAAAGACUGUAUAAGGAACUAAGAAGUCUUUGGAACUCGACAGACGAUCCUGAGGAAAUGAAGUCUUACCAAGAGUUUGCUUACUGGGGAAGAAUAUGUACAAUAUCGUUCUACACGCUUGGCUUAUGGACUGUGGUCAUGAACACCAUUGCAGCAGCCAUUGAUUAUUUUAUAAUAGACUCCACAGACAAUAACAGUGAUAAAACCCGACAUUUACCAUAUGAAGUCUGGUACGGAACAGAUGUCACAGAAUCUCCUAAAUUCGAGAUCGCCUUUGUUUGCCAAUUUGUGGCAGCAUUAAUCUCUAGUGCUGGACUUUGGGCAAUUGAGACCUCGUGUAUGACCACGCUUCUCCACGUAUCAGGUCAAUUUAAAUUAAUUAACACAUGGAUCAGUAGCAUUGGAAUCGAAAAUGAUUGUGAGCCGACAGAUCAUUGCCGUAAUUAUUUGCCGAACGUGGAAGCAAACCUGAUCAAAUGUAUUCGUCAUCACCAGCGAAUGAUAAAUGUAGUGAAUGAAGUUAAUAAUCUAUUAACACCAAUCAUUUUUAUGCAAAUCCUCACAAGUGGUAUUGAGAUUUGUUUAAGUGGAUUUUCAGUAAUUGUUAAUGACACGAGAGCUGAAUUUGUAAAAUCCGCAUUGUAUUUAAUUCUUAUGACGAUACAGUUAAUGCUUUGGUGCUGUUCUGGUGAAAUCUUGAUUCAAGAAAAUCAGAAAAUAGGAGAUACUGCGUAUUUGAAUGUAGCGUGGUACAAAUUACCACCGAUUUAUCGGAGACAGCUUCUCCUUAUAAUACUAAGGUCACAGAAGUAUUGCAGUAUCUCAGCAAUAACUUUUCAAAGGCUGUCUUUCCACACUUUAACUAGCGUAUUCAAUACAGCAGCCUCUUAUUUUGCUCUGUUGCGACAAAUGCAAGAAACACGAAUGUGAGUGUAACGAUUAUUCCAAUCUAUGAUUUCCGGAAAUGAUGUUUGGGAA